AUUAUUUUAUCAUAAUGCAAAGGAAUGCAUAUUCUUUCGUUGUAGUUAAAAACAAAAUGCAAUGGUUACUAGUUAUCUGUUAAAUUUGUACAUUCAUGCGUCAUAUAUCUUUAUUUGUGUUUUCUUUCGUCUCUAUGUUAAAGCUACACACCUUUAAUUUUAAUGCAAAAAGUGAAAUAUUCAAGCUUGUACGGCAAAAACACCUAUCGCUAUAGUAAAGUGACAUAUUAGACCGCUAACUUUCUGUAAGUCAGCUGAUUUAUGGUGACAAAGCAUAAAAAGCAUGUUUUGGCGCAUUUUUAAAGUUUAUUUUAAAAACAAACAGCAGAAUUUUUCGCUAAAAAAUUAUACUGUGGGUAUCAGUUAGACCUAAGAAACAUUUUAAAAUUAAAACUUUCACUGGUCAGAAGCUAAAAGAUUACCGACAAAAAAGUCUUUGUGCUGUUUACUGUUGUUCUUGAAAAGUUGGCAAUUUAGAAGUAAUUUCGUUCAUUUGUAAGGGUCAUUUUAGUUACCAUUGGUUAGGUUCAGUUAUAUUUUUUUAGCAUGAUUGGUCCAAGAUGUCGUACGCGAUUGUUGCACACUAGACCUGUUUCUGAUAUUUGGGUAAAACGAAAAUCUUCAAAAUCUCGUAAUGUUGUUGUGACUGGCAUUGGAAUUGUGUCUCCUCUCGGGUGCGGAGUUGACUUUGUCUGGUCACGACUCCUAAAAGGGUGUUGUGGUAUUACGAACAUUCACUUUAAUAAUUGCGACAUUCCAUGCAAGGUAGGAGCAGGAGUUCCAGAGGGGUCAGGACCUGGACAGUUCUCUGCAAAGGUUUCAAGAGAAGUUUCCAAAGCAACUGCAUUUGCUGCAGCAGCUGCUGAAGAAGCUUUAAAUGAUGCAUGUUGGUCUCCAGUGACCGAUGUUGACCAGCAAAGAACAGGAGUUGCACUUGGAAUGGGCAUGGUUGAUUUGGAUGCGGUUUCCUCAACUGUAAAUGACCUUAAUGCAAAAGGAUAUAGAGCUGUUAGCCCAUACUUCAUUCCACGGAUACUUUUAAACAUGGGUGCAGGACACAUAAGCAUGAAAUAUAAACUGAAAGGACCGAACCACUCUGUUUCUACUGCUUGUACAACAGGAGCACAUGCCAUUGGUGAUGCUGCGAGAUUUAUAAUACAUAAUGAUGCCGAUGUUAUGGUAGCUGGAGGUGCCGAGUCUUGCUUGAAUGUUCUUGCCUUUUCCGGUUUUUCUAAAGCCAGAGCAUUGAGUACAAAAUACAAUGACAAUCCGAAAGUAGCUUCUCGCCCUUUCCAUCCGGAUAGAGAUGGCUUUGUGAUGGGUGAAGGAGCUGCUGUGUUAGUUCUUGAGGAAGAACAACAUGCUGUACAGCGUGGGGCAAAGAUAUAUGCUUCACUGUUGGGUUAUGGAUUGUCUGCAGAUGCCUCUCACAUAACAGCUCCUCCAGAAGAUGGUAACGGUGCAUAUCGAUGCAUGAAAUCUGCUGUACAGGAUGCUGGUGUCAAGCUGGAUGAAGUGACAUACAUAAACGCACACGCUACUUCUACACCAUUGGGUGAUGCUGCAGAGAACAGAGCAAUUAAAAGACUUUUUCAAAAUUCUCCACCUGCGGUAUCAUCUACAAAAGGUGCAGUAGCACAUAUGCUAGGAGCAGCUGGUGCCAUUGAAGCUGCCUUUACAGUAUUAUCUUGCUACCACAGCCAACUUCCACCUACUCUCAACCUUGAUAGAACUGACCCAGAAAUGGAUUUGAAUUAUGUUCCAUUAACCACACAGAAGUGGUGUCCCAAAACAGACAGGAGAAUUGCGUUAACUAAUUCUUUUGGUUUUGGAGGAACGAAUGCUUCUCUUUGUUUUUCUAGUGUUUGAAAAAAAAACCAUUUUCUGAAUGUAAGAUUACCUUGUUUAGUGUCACUUAAGGUCAUAUUUUGAUUACAUUCAAUUAUUUACAAGCUAUUUUUAUAUGAUGCUCUCAGUCUUGUAGUACAAAAAUAGCAAGGAUUUGUUAUUGGGUUAUAUUUUAGAGUUUAUGCAGGUAUUUUUCACAUCAGCAAAAAUAUUACUGCUUCCUACAUUAUUACUAUUGAUUUUACCA